AUGGCAUCUGUUAUCGGAUAUUCAGCCCUUCUUCUGCUCUCCUUCUCCUUCGCGAUGGGAAACAUCAGCAUCUCAAGGGAUUUCAAAGAUAUCUUCAAACUUGAAGAUUUCAUUCGCAAAAUCAUUGAGAGUGAGAAAUCGACGGCUGAAAACUUGUUCAACUACAAUUAUGUGUCUGUGCAAGUGAAUGACAUGAAAAGCAGUGAAGUUUUGUCCGUUUUGAAAGAGGACGAAACGCGGAAGGAUAGAAAAUUGUUGCGCACCGGAAAGUUUACUGUUAAAAAUAAUGGAAAUUCAGAAGCCAAAGCAAAAAGUCAAUCGUAUACUUAUAAGAAGGUUCACACUGACACAAUCAGUAUCACACAAACAAAAGGAUUUUCUGGGGGAAUUAAAUUGCCGUUUAUUGAUAGUUUCAGUCCAACAGUGACUUUUUCUAACACACAAACAACAACACAAACUGACAGUGUUGAAGAAUCCGUCACGAUUCCACCGCAAGAAGUGCAUUUGGGUCCCAAGAGUCAGAAAGUAGUGAAAUAUGAACUUUACAGGGAAGAAUUGGAGCAGAAAUUCAAUUUGGAAUUCACUGUGGAUCCAAAUGCAACAUUCAACGUGAUCAGAACUUUUGUCACUCCUUCUAUUUUUCCAGUCAAAAAUACCAAAACAUUUAAAUUGAUUGAUUUCUUAAGAAAAGCUCAUGCGAAUAAAAAUGAAUUUAAGGAUUCACAUUUCAUAAAAUAUGAUUAUAAAACAAACAAGUUGAUGAUUAAGAAUUUCACUGCUGUGAGAAAUGUGGUAAAUGACGAUGUCGAAGUCACUUUGGGAGAAGAAGAACCACUGAAGUAACUAAAGUUACAAUCCAGCAUAUUUUGGAUUUAGUUUUCAUAUAAUUCUUUGGCUUAUUACAUUAUAUCAUAUUGAAAAAUAAAUUAUU